CAAAUGAUGGCUACAUCCAAAUGGAAGAUGGGCUUUGUUUUAAUACUAAUGUGCCUCCUCGCUCCGGCGGAACAAGCCCCACUUCCCUUCACCAGCGUUUAUGGUCUGUCGUUCAAAAAUAUGGAGUUUGCUAUGGACCUAUACCGUAAAAUAUCCACUUACCACGAUGAGAACAUCGUUUUCUCUCCUCUGAGCGUAUCCACCAGUUUUGCCGCCCUCUCUAUGGCCUCUGAUGGCGUCACGUACGAGGAGAUACUGAAAGGACUCCACCUGGAGAAUCUGGAGAAAGCCGACCAAAAAGAUCUUAUUCCAAAGCUGUUCCAGAUGCUCCACGGGAACAUCUCGCAGAACGGGACGACAAAACUCGAACAAGGCACAUCCCUCUUUGUACGCGAACACUUCAAAAUAGAGAAGGCAUUUGAGGAUCAGAUGAAGUCCUAUUUUUGCGCAGACAUUAAGAGAGUAAACUUUGAAGACACCAAUGCAAGCAUCAGUCUCAUUAAUGAGUACAUAAAAGACAAAACCGGGGGGAAAGUGACAAAUAUGCUUUCCGGCCUCGAUCCGAUGACUGAGCUCAUGCUGGUCAACACUUUUUACUUCCAAGGUGGGUGGAAGAUGCCCUUCAACCCCAACGACACAUACAAUGCCCCCUUCUACGUUGACAACUACAAUAUUCGACAAGUGCCAAUGAUGUUGAAAGAGGACAAGUUUGAAACGAUGGAAGAUACUCAACUUGGUGUCCGUGUGCUGAAACUGCCCUACUUGGAGGGCGUGUCCAUGCUCAUCCUGCUGCCCAACAAAGGAGUGGACUACAAUAUUAUUGAUGAUGAGAUCACCGCAAAGAGGAUGCUCGGUUGGAUAAAAAAACUGCAAAAGACUAAACUGGAGAUCAACAUUCCCAAAUUCAAGAUGGAGGAGUCGUACUCUUUACAUCACAUUCUCCCAGAAAUGGGUUUCGUUAGUCUAUUUGGCGGUUCUGCCAACCUGACAAAACUAAGCAAAGAUAAAGGCCUGAAGGUUUCAGAGGUACUACACAAGGCUGUCGUUGAUGUGGACGAGGUGGGGACGACGGCGGCGGCUGCCACAACCAUUGGCAUUAUUCCUUACUCCUUACCUAGGACCUUCAUUGUGAACCGUCCGUUUUUCUUCUUCAUAUACCAUGAAGACACAAAAUCCUUGCUGUUCAUGGGCAGGGUGAUUGACCCCACCAAAAACUAG